AUGCUGCAUGAAAAUGCGCUUCAACGUGCUCAGAUCCAUGAGCUUGAAGAGCAGUUAGCAGAGAUAACUAAGCGGAAAUCACGCAAAAGGAAGCGGAUCCAGCAGGGUGGUACUAUGGAAAGAGUUGUGGUGGUGGUGAUCAAGAAAGAGCCCAACCAGCUCUACGGCGCUGUGGGAACUGUAGCAAGACUGGGCACAACGCGCGAACGUGUAAAAAGGAUACAGAGGCAUCUUCUGAAUUAG